GUGAACACUAGUGUCGACCAAAAAGCAACUAAACACCAACAAAAAUGGGUUCCAAUUCCAAACAAAGUCAAAUUCCUCCGCAAGUAGCAAAGGUCGACGAUGAUGCUUACCUCUGUGCUGCUUUACUUUCUCUUAGCCAGGUCUUCCCUGCAGUUCUAAAUGCUGCUAUUGAUAUCAACUUGUUUGAUAUCAUAGCAAAGGCACAGAGUUCACGUGAUUCAUCUUUUUCUGCCUCUCAAAUUGCUUCUUUGCUUCCAAAUCAACACCCUCAAUUGGCUAAUAGGCUUGAACGCAUCUUGCCACUUCUAGCCAGUUAUUCUCUUCUAGAUUGCUCCAUUCGAACCAAUCAAGAUGGUAAGACAGAAAGAGUUUAUGCUCUCUCACAGGCUGGCAAAUACUUUGCAUUUGAUAACGAUGGAAGCUCUCUAGCUCCUCUCACAACUUUAGUACAUCACGGAUAUCAUGAUCUUUGGAAGAAUGUGAAGGAUGCAAUUGUGAACCCUAAUAGCAAUAUCCAUUUCGAAAAUGUCUAUGGAAUGCCUCCAUUUGAAUAUAUGGAAAGAAAUGCAGAGCUGAAUCAGAGUUUUUACAAAGCAAUGGCUCACUUUGACCCACUACAGGUGAAAAGGGUACUCAAAUUCUAUAAGGGGUUUGAGGGAGUGUCAACACUUGUUGAUGUGGGAGGUGGAAUAGGCGAGACCUUAAAACAGAUUGUCUCUGCAUAUCCUUCAAUUAAAGGAAUUAAUUUUGAUUUGCCUCAGAUGAUUCAAGAUGCACCACCUCUUCCAGGUAUAGAGCAUAUCGGAGGAUCUAUGUUUGAAAGUGUUCCAAAUGGUGAUGCCAUUUUACUCAAGCAUGUCUGUCACAAUUGGUCAGAUGAAGAUUGUAUCAAGUUUUUAAAGAAUUGUCACAAAGCUUUGCCACCACAUGGAAAAGUGAUUGUUUGGGAACAUAUGGUUCCAGAGAUCCCAAGUUCAAGCAAUACAUCUAAGCACACUUGUUCCGUGAGCAAUCUCAUGUUUUUAGCACAUGGUGGAAAAGAAAGAACUGAGAAUGAAUUUAGAAACUUGUGCAAGAGUUCUGGUUUUUCCAAGUUUCAUGUUGCAUGCAGUGAUCUCUCUGCUUCGUCAGAAGUGGUGGAAUUUUAUAAAUAGAAAUUACAUAGCAGUUAUUUGCAAUCUCAAUUAGCUAUCAGCUGUCUCUAGCUUUUUCAUCUCUCUUUUGUAGUGGAAGAAAUAAUGUAACAAUGAAUAAGGAGGCGCUAUGUAAUUGUUUUACUUCUGUAUACUUAUAUCUCCCACAUGUGAUUAUAUUAACAUGUGAUAUUUGUAUUUGAAUGAUAAAUUUUAAAAAUUUAAGAAAUUAGAAUUUGAAUUGCUUUUA